AUGUAUGGGAAGGAGAAGGAGGACAAUGAUCUCGACACGAAUGUUGACCCCGGCUUCUGCAAAUGGUUCUCCACCCUUCCUCCAAAAUCACCAGAGACUGACGGCACAGUACGCCUGUUCGCGCGAAACAACGGAGAAUUUUAUACCGCGCACGGUGCCGACGCGCUCUACAUUGCGCAGCAUGUCUUUCAUACAAACUCCGUGCUCAAGUAUCUCGGCGCAGGAGGACGAACGGGUGGACUGCCUAGCGUAAACCUUAGGGACAGUGUGGCAAAAACAUUCUUGAGAGAUGCUUUGACGAUCAAGCAGCUCAAAGUAGAGAUAUGGAUGCCAGAGGGGACAGGAAAGAAGGUAUCGAAGUUCAGACUAGACAAAGAGGCUUCGCCAGGAAACUUACAGGCGGUAGAGGAUCUGCUGUUUGUGGAUACAGAUGUGAUGUCCGCACCUAUGGUCAUGGCUAUCAAGCUAGCGUCAACUCCAGCCGUUCCAGGGGCUCCGAAGUCGAAGAGCAAGACUGUCGGUAUUGCUUUUGCAGACUCAAGUGUCCGUCAGCUUGGCGUAUCUGACUUUGUAGACAACGAUCUAUUCUCGAAUACCGAGACCCUCGUCGUCCAGCUGGGCGUGAAGGAGGCUCUGGUCACCACCGGGACAGCGAGUGGCACGACGGACAGAGACUUCGACCUCAGAAAGCUGAAAGAAGUGUUGGAUCGGUGUGGCGUAGUCAUCACCGAGCGAAAACCAAGCGAAUUCACCGCUAAGAAUAUUCAAGAAGACCUCACAAGACUUCUGACAAAACCAGACGCCGUUCCAUCAGCCACGGGCGACGCAUCUAGUUCCAUUCCCCAGCUCAGCCUUCCAACAGCGCCUGCAGCUCUGACCGCUCUUCUGACUUAUCUGAACCUCCUUGCCGACACUUCAAACCAUGGAGCAUGGACUAUCUAUACGCACGAUCUCGGCCAAUAUAUGCGCCUAGACGCCAGUGCUCUCCGGGCUCUAAACCUCGUCGAAGGCACGGCGACCAGGAAUACGACUUUGCUGGGAUUGUUGAAUAAAUGCAAGACGGCGCAAGGGACGAGGAUGCUUGGAAGUUGGCUGAAGCAACCGCUUGUCAAUCGCCACGAGAUUCUGAAACGACAGGAUCUUGUAGAGACCUUUGUCGAUGACCUGAAUGCGAGGCGUACACUCCAAGAUGACUUCAUGAAACUCAUGCCCGACAUGCACCGUAUUUGUAAACGGUUCCAAAAAUCCGUGGCGUCCUUGGAGGACGUCGUGCGCGUUUAUCAGGCUGUGCUGAAGCUCAGUGGCUUGAUAGAGAACCUGAAGGCGGUAGAUUAUAAAUCUGACCGAAGUAGAGACCUCAUCCAAGAGACCUACCUGGAACAUUUCGAGAAACACGCCACCUCCCUGUCCAACUACGCCGACAUGGUUGAACAGACGCUUGACCUCUCCCAACUCGAACAGCAUAAAUACGUCAUCAAGCCAGAUUACGACCAGAAACUCAUGAACAUCGCCUCCGCUUUGAAAGAGGCGCUCGAGGGUUUGGAUCGGGAGCAUAAAGAGGUCGGGAGGGACCUUGGUCUGGAGCUGGAUAAGAAGUUGAGGUUGGAGAACACACAGACUUAUGGGUAUUGCUUCAGGUUGACUAAGAACGACGCGAGGGCCAUCAACGGAAAGCGGAAGUACAUCGAACUAGGGACUGUCAAGGCCGGUGUACAUUUCACAACAGCCACUCUCAAGGAACACGCGACCGACUAUCAGGAGUCGACGGAGAGGUACUCGAGGACACAAAGCAGCCUCGUGAAAGAGGUCGUCAGCAUUGCCGCGACUUAUGCACCGGUAUUGGAGGCCCUGAAUGGCGUGCUAGCGCAUUUAGACGUUAUCUUGAGCUUCGCACAAGUCGCCGCCAACGCUCCAGAAGCAUAUGUCAAGCCUACUAUUGUCGACAUGGGAACCGGAGACCUUAUCCUGAAGGAAGCCCGCCAUCCUUGUUUAGAAGUCCAAGACGACAUGAGUUUUAUACCGAACGAUGUCGAGAUGAUCAAGAAUGAGAGCGAGUUCCAGAUCAUCACCGGACCAAACAUGGGUGGCAAAAGUACAUACAUUCGCCAGGUAAUCGGCGUCAUCGCCCUCAUGGCCCAAACCGGCUCCUUCGUUCCUUGUUCAGAAGCCCAAAUCCCGAUCUUCGACUCUAUUCUUUGUCGUGUGGGGGCAGGAGACAGUCAGCUCAAGGGAAUUUCGACAUUCAUGGCGGAGAUGUUGGAGACCGCUACCAUUCUGAAGUCUGCGUCAAAGGAUUCCUUAAUCAUCAUCGACGAGCUGGGAAGGGGAACCUCGACAUACGAUGGCUUUGGUCUUGCGUGGGCUAUUUCAGAACAUAUAGCUUCACAGAUCCACGCCUUCUGCCUCUUCGCUACCCACUUCCACGAAUUGACGGCACUUGAUCAAGAGCUUUCGCACGUCAAGAAUUUGCACGUAGUGGCGCACGUUUCUAAAGCCGAUGAGACGUCGAAGUCGAAGGAAAGAGAUAUCACCCUGCUGUACAAGGUCGAGCCUGGCGUCUGCGAUCAGAGCUUUGGUAUACAUGUGGCCGAACUUGCGAACUUCCCAGAGUCCGUGGUCAGGCUGGCCAAGCGGAAAGCCGACGAACUCGAAGACUUCAACACCGACGACGCCUCAAAUUCAGAGGCAGACCUCCCACCAGAAGUCACGGAAGAAGGCAUCAAGAUCGUCGAGGAGAUGCUCAAAACCUGGGCCUCACGAACAUCCGUAUACCCUGCACAGCUCGAUGACGGAGACAUUGUGAUGGAUGACGCAGAGAUGUCGCCGGAAAAGCAAGUCGAGGAGUUGCGAGAAUGUAUGAAGGAAUUCGCGCCACGGAUUGAGGGUAACGCGUGGGUGCAGAAGUUGUUGGCUACUCUAUAA